GAACCCGCGCGAUUUCCGGCUCGAGGGCCGUUUGCGAGCCGCGCGUGGCCCGAACCUUCUCUGCCAUUACCGCGGAGGACGCUGCGGGGCGAGCGGGGCGCGCGUGCCUUCCGGAGGCUGGUGUGGCCGGCUGCGGCUCCAGAGUGCUUACCCUGCAGCCUCUCAGCUGUGAAGCAUUCACUUGACAAUUUGGGGAGUAGAAGGUUCACCAGGUCUAGGUGACCAAGCAGUUUCACCAAAAAACCCUCCAGUGGGUUUAGAAAUAAUUAGGCCCAACUCAGAGGAAGUGGAGUUGCUUCUGUUGCACCAAAAAAGAUGUCUAGCGGCUCCAGCGAAGUCGAUGUGAUAAGGACACGAAUACCUGCUUAUGAUGAUGAUAACUCUGUUCUUUAUGCUUAUGAACCAAAUACUUCAUAUAUCAAUAAUCAGGAAAAGCCUGUAUCAGGAGUAGCCCACAGUGAAAGACACCAAAAAACAGUGCUGGACAUCCUUUCUCAUUGCCAGGUUAUCUAUGAAGCCAUCCAAAACCUGGAUAAGAAGUUUGAUGUCAUUCAUGGAAAAGUUACAAGACUCCAACGUUUUCGUAUGAAAUCAUUGUGGCAACAUCGCAAACUUCUUGGAUAUGCAUACAAAAAUUAUAGUUACCUGCUUUCUAAAAAGAUCAAAUUCCUGAAAAUGAAGAAAAAGGAUCCUCCAGCUGUGUUCUCCUACCCGGAAAGUUAUAGCCCAACUAUGCCAGUAGAUAGUCAAAUAGUUAAUGAUUCCCAGAGCAACACUAUGGGAACACCUUUCCAGUCAGAUGAGUCCCUCGAUCAGGACCUAGAUUCACCUCACCAGGAUCAUCUGAUCCUCAGCCAGAGUCCGACAAUUCCUCUCUUAACCUCACACUCAUAUCGGCCCUAUUUCACACCUGAUGAGUCAGUACCAGGCACCUCCGCAGGGCCCUGCUUUGAGAGCCCGGGGUCUCGCAGCAUCAUCAGUCUCUACUCACCUACUAUUCAAGCUGCAGAUGUCCCUGCACCUGCUCUCACCCAAGCGGAGCCAGUUCUCGCACAUAACUCUGAGACAGUGAGUUGCUCCGCUUUAGCUGACCCGCAUGCAGCGUCAUCUCUCUGCGUCCCGACCAACAUCGCUACAAAUUCAUCAGAGGUAAAUGACCUACAGCGCUUCCCUGAGGAUCCGGCAACCUGGACAGUGGAUGAAGUGAUAAAGUUUCUGAAACAUACUGAUCAUCAGACGCUCGCCCCCGUCACUGACCUCUUCAGGGAACAUGACAUUGAUGGGAAGGCUCUGCUGCUACUCAAUAGUGACAUGAUGAUAAAGUACAUGGGACUGAAGCUGGGGACAGCCGUGAAGUUGACCCACUACAUUGAAAAGCUUAAAGAUGAAAAAUACUUUGACAAUUAAAAAAUGCAGAUUUAGAUUGGUCUUAAUUCUGGAAAGACCAAUGCCAUCUUGGCAUAAAGUCAUUUUUCUGCUUGUAGGAGCUUUUGUGGUGUAUUUUGUUCCUCUGAAAAUAUACAGCAUCCAGAAUGGCAGAAUAUGUUUAUAUUUCAGUUGACUUCUGUAAUAAUAUCAACAUUUAGUUGUUAUUAGCAUAUUCAAAUUGGUAGUUUAUUCUUUAAAUCUUUUUAUUAAUGUUAUUGUAUAGUUUACAAAUAUUCUUCAUGUGGGAAACAGACAACACACCUUGAAGUUUAUAGAAAGAACCAAAUUAGCUAAAUCCCAAAGAGCAAAUGUCAGGGAUAGACAAGGUCACUAAUGAAAUCCAUGAGUUUUCCUUAGAGAACUUUUGAAGAUUCAACUGUAGGUACCAUCUCUUUCUAAAUAUUUUGUCUGUUACUGAAGUGUUUUGUUCAUGUUCUACCAGUGUCCCAAAAGGGAAUAGCCAUAUAAGUAAUUUUCCUUACUACUUCCUUGGAUGUUGUAUUUGUUCACAUUUCAAGAAAAUAAGGGCAAGUCUAAGUGUGCCAGGAGGUGUUCUUACCAGCUCGUAAUUACAAGCUAGAUCAGUGGUCAUUUUAUACAGAGAUAUAGUACAAGGGUGGUUGGAUGGAGUAUGGUACUAUUUUCAAUUAAAUACCUAUUAUUUUAAAACGUCUAUAUUUUGCCAAAGCUUGGACAGUUAACUAGGCAUUCAUUGCUCACAUCUCUAUGAAAAUGCCUGUGUCCAAAUUCUUAAAAGAUGUUUUAUUGUUGGUUUUUAUUCCUCAAUAAAACAGUAAUGUGUUUUAUUACUGUUUCAUAUUUAUAUUUUAUUCUGUAUCUGAAGUUUACACAAAAGUGAAUCUAUUAUUUUUGAAUUUAAAAUGGCACUCUGCACUUCUAUAGAGGUAAAGAUGAACUCUGUCUAUACAUACAUACAUGUUUAUCUGUAUGUAUACAUAGUGAAAAGUUUUUAUUCUGUAAAAAGUGCACAUCAUCUACCAUCGCUCUUACCUCGCAGCUCGCCCUUCAGGGUUUCCUUGCAGGGACGGUCUCUGUCAUGUGCAAUGUUUAUUAUACUUAAUUUGCUUUCUGAGCCAUUUGUUCUGCUGAAUGUUGGAAGGUGCAUUAGUUCUGAUUUCUCAUUUUGGACUUUAUUUUAAAAAUUACAACUUUCAAGUGAAACAUGUUCAUAGUUAAUUAUUUUAUUUAUUAUAUUGUUGUUAUGUUGUAUGACAUUUGGUAAAAAGUUUAUAAGUUAUGGGAAUUGGUGCUAAUUGUAUUAGCCAUUUGUCACAGAUGCCAAUAAAAUGUUCACCAGGGGCAAGAAUGUACAUUUCAUCUUUAGAAAACCAAGCGUACUUUAUAAACAAAUGCAACCAAUUUCCUGGGCAUAGGUGAUUUAAAGAGUGGUUUCAUCUGUGUUAUUCCAUUGGCGUUACAAGACAAGAUUCUAAUUUAAACUUGGCCUUCCUUCAAAUUGUUUGUAUGAAGAUGCUGUGCCCAGCUGAACAGUUCUCAGGUUUUGUAUUAAUAUUGUUUUACAGUUUUCAGAUUUUAAAAUAUAAUAAAGUUAAAUAACUACAACAGUUAAUGU